GAGAUAUAUCGUCGAGCCCUGUGUACCCAUCGGAGAAAGCUCGAGAGGUUUUCAACGUCAGAGAGAAAAAUGGCAGGAUGGAGAUGGCUGGAAGCGGCACUUCCUCUCGGAAUUAUCGCCGGAAUGCUUUGUGUAAUGGGUAAUGCUCAAUAUUACAUUCACAAAGCCGCCCAUGGCCGGCCCAAGCACAUCGGUAAUGAUAUGUGGGACGUUGCCAUGGAACGCCGGGACAAGAAACUCGUCGAGAAUUUAUCCGCCACUUCUCAUAGUUGAUUUUAUUUUCGACCUGCAUCCCGUCCUAGGUACAGGAGCUGUGGAUGCACUCUUGAUGAAGGAAUAAAAGCUCUUGUUGCAGAAUGCAGAUAUCUAUGCAAUGAUGAUCACUGCCAUGUAUUGUCAAUUUUCUUCGUUGUUUCUAUGUUGAUCUGAACAUAUGUAAAAUUCAUCUUCAAGAAUUACUUCUUUAUGUCAAAGUAGAUUUUCUCCCGUGUGUUGACUAGUGAGUUUCUGUUUUUCUGGAACUAGCUCUUGCCUCGAGCAGGAGGAAACCCUAUACUCAAUGAUUGAUGAACAGCUUUGAGUUCAUGUAA